AACCAUUGAGUGUAUGUUUAAUAGCGAAAUAUUGAUGUUACAGAUACUUUGAGAAACUCAAACUUGUCAGGAACCUUAGCUGCUAAGAAAAUGGAUAUGAUACCAAAAGUAGCCAUAACGAGAAGAUCAGGUAAUGCGGAAAACACCAGCAAAGCACUCCACAUUGAAUACAACCAGCCUAAGGCGUAUAAUCCAAUUACAGAUAACAAAAUAGAUGCCGCAGAACACGAAACAAAGUUUGAUGUAAGUCAUGAAGGUUUAAAAGCGGUGCUUGGUAAUCACUCACAGGUUCUCAAAGACAAAGACCUGUCGAAGAUUGUCGUUAACGAAUUAAAAAAAGGCAGUGAAAUCAUUGGAGAUUCUCGUGCGACUGUGACUUCAAAUAUUACUUUCACUGCAGAAAACGACACUUUAACCGCAAUGGCGUUUAUAGCUGGCAACCUAUUGAAUAAACUGUGGAACAUGGAAAAAGAUGCAUCAGGGUCUUCCGCAGAAACGGAUGAUGUGAAACAUCAAAAAAUAACCGAUCUUCUAGAUCUUUUUAAAGAACCAUUAAAUUUGAGGCAAGAGACUUUCUUGAAAAAUGCCUUACAACAACUGUCUAGCGCGAUGGACAACAAUAAAGAUAUUACCAAUAUAUCUUUAUGUGAAAGUAUAGAAGAAGCAAAGAGAAGGAUGCUUAACUUGUCGGAGAGUGACGAAGACAAAAUGCGCUAUCUUCCUCAAACACCUUGCAGCAAAGGAAAAGAAAAUAAAAGCGAAGACCAGUCUCAAGCGACAGUAAAAGCGAUAUCUAAGAUAAAUAAUGUCUUAGAGUUAAUCAAAAAAUUUGAAAACGUCCAAGGGCAUAUAAGUCAAUUAAAACAUGGACCCGUACUUAAUUUUAAUAAAUCAGAAUCAGAGAAAGAGAGAGAGAAAGAAGAUGUAUUAUCUGAGGACGAGACAACCUCAAUAAGUCUGUUCGGAAAAAUAUUAGAAAAGAUCACAAAACUCCUUAUUCCCAACAGGAAUGGCAAAAAAAUUGUAAAUCACAUAAAAAGUAAAAAUUUGUUUGCUGGCAAUGAUAAUAUAAAAGCCAAGUUUAAGAAACUUUAUAACAUUGAUCUGGCUAACAUGACUGUGUCGGCUAAAGAUAAAUUAGUUCUGGACUACUUGACUCAUAUUGAUAGUAGUCCUGACUGCCUACUUAACAUUAAAAACCGGGGACCCAAGACACCAAGUAUUGAAGGAAACAUAUUACUCAAUCUUUCUGAAUUCUUUAAAAUGAAAUCAUUUAGUGAUUUACUUAAAUUAGUUGAACCCGAAACUCCCAAGGUUCUUCGUGAUCCGGUGGUAGAGAUUACAACCAAAAAAUAUGAAAGACCUACUCCUGCACAACACGAACAGAUAUACGCAUUGAAGACUAGUUCAAAAGCUGACGUUGACGCUAUAAAGUUUAACUCUACAAAAGAGAAGCUAAAAACUCAUUUAAAGACAAUAAUAGAAGACCUAAUAGAAUUACAGAAUGCUAAGGGAAUUAGUGUUAAAGGUAACAUUAGAAUUGCCGAUGCACUACCUUGUAUAUAUAACAUUAUUAAUGCCGGCAGAGAACACCUCACAUUCCCUAAGGGUGCUGAUAAUACCGACGCGGCUAAAAGAAUAACAGAAAUCUUUACCACGUUGAGAAAAGAAAUGAAAUCCGCACAGGCUCGUCGAUCUAGUAGCAACAUCCCGAAGACGAAACAGCGGCCAAAAUCUGCUAUUGUAUGGGAACGUCUUAUAAAUAACUUAAAUGAGAAGUCAAAAGCAAAGUCUCGCCGUAUGUCAGACUUUAAAGCACCUAAAUCAUAUGAUGAGAUCAGAGAGUUGAUGGAUAGACUUGAAAAUUCUAGUUCCACGUAUAAACGAAAUGCUUUGUUGUAUGACGUGCCUCCUGCUGGAAAACUUAUGAUGCUUAAAACACUUGACCAAGACGUUGCAAAAUCUAUUGGCAUAUUAGAAGAUAUUAAACUGGCCUUGCCCACAUUAAGUAAAUUACCCAGAGACAAGUUUAUGGAGUUAGAAGAAUUUGUGAAAAAUGUUGCAAGUAGUACAAAUUUGAACGUUGACGUUAACGAAAAAGUUAAAAUGGAUCAGGGUAAAUACUAUGUUAAUGAAAUAAAUCCGCGCAAUGGACUUCCAAAGAGUGCACCGCAAAUGAAGCCAAUUUUAAGGUAUGGAGGCAACGACGUCUCAGAACAUGACGACAACUUGAAAGUGAGUAGAACACAAAUCGUGAACCAGUUAAUCAGAAAUCGUAUGCAGCUAUAUUUAAAACUGAAACAUGACAAUGAAUUUGACGUGGAGGAUGAUAUGAAUUAUAACAUUGCUAAACGAGUGCUGUAUUACUUGGACGCAGGCAAUUAUGAUGUCGCUAAAGAAAUGUUUAAGGUAUUCGUUAUGCAGAAGAAAGACAAGUUUGGAAUUGCAUUGAGUAAUGACCAACCGCUUGAUCAAUUUGUUGCUGUAUCCCCAACACCUAAGGCAAUAAUGAUGGAGGCUCCAAUGCGUCGUGUGGGCAACGAGCAACAGCCCAUCCUACGAUAUGACGACCCAUCAAAGCUGGCUCCACAAGUGAACUGGGUCAACCAGGACCAUCUCAUCAAGCAGCUGCUCAACAUCAAGAACAUGGGAAUGUAGGCGACGAAAUUUUUCGAUACUUUUAUAAUUUUCAAUAAAUGUUUUGUAGAUAUGUUUGUAUUUUCACUGUUUGUUCCAUUAAUCCUAUUG